CUCAUCAUUUACCUCGUCCCUCAGCGAACACAGGUGGGACGAUAUGCUUGGAACCAUUCAAGACUUGGGGGAAUUGACAAAGCCCAUCAUCACUGGGGAAACGUGGGCCGGAUCAAUCGCAAAGUACACGAAACAGAUGUACCGAGGCAAUGAUACUAUCCGCUACGCGGAGUUCGCCCCGGUGUUUCUGGCCAAGGUGCUCGGGCACGAAGGCGUUGGCUUGAACGGAAUGCGGUGCUAUAUGGCCUGGAGCCUGUUUCGCAAGCUCAUAAAUUACACAGAUCUUGAUGGAAUGGCAAAGCACGCCAUGGAAAGUCCCCUAAAAUUUUGCUACCGGCAGGCCAAAAGGCUGAUGGGGUACGCUGUCAACAGCCGGUUCUUCCAUUCGGUGGUCAACAAAAAGACGUUCAUGGAGGCCAAUGAAAUGGCUUCCAGCAUUCGCAAGGCCUUUCAAGCGGCAUUCCGAUCGUCAAGCUGGAUAACGGGAUCGGUACGCAAAACCGCCCGGCGAAAAAUGAUGAAUAUGCGGCAAUAUAUCGGUGCCGUGGGUGCGUCGCUUGAUGCCGCCCACGUAGAGAAAUAUUAUGCGAGCUUUCCCGACUUGCCCACCAACCAGUUCUUCAAAGCUUGGCGGCAGGCCAAAGCAGCCGCCAUUCGCCAAACUUGGGCCGACACAACGAUCCUGCUGAAAAAUUAUGACAAGGUGAACGCGAUGUACGACGGCAAGUACAACCUGCUGGUCGUGCUCCCAUUGAUGCUGCUCCCCAGCAUCCUUUUCACUAAAGGUCCUGCUGCCUUCAACUACGGUAGCCUGGGCACGAUUCUGGGGCACGAGAUGAUGCAUGGCUAUGACGUCGAGAAUUCAAAGUAUGAUGAGAACGCCAAGGAGAGGCAGUGGUUCUCACGUGAAGCAGCCGAGCACUACGCGAACAAAACGUUCUGUUUGCGACAAUUCCACAAAAAUGUCCUAAGGCGAAGGCAAGAGGUCCUCAACGAUACGGUAGACUCUGAAAACAUUGCCGACUUAGGGGGAACAACGAUGGCGUACUCCGCGUUUAGGUCGCUGCCGGCCUCAAAGAGAGAAACUACGCUGCCUGGCGUCACCAUGACAGCGAACCAGCUAUUCUUCGUCGGCCAUUGCACCCCAUGGUGUGAGGAACAAACAACGAAACCACCGCGCUGGCUCUCUGGCCGCAGUAAAUACGCACCUGGCCGCUCUCGGUGCAUCGUGCCACUCAUGAACAUGCCCGAGUUCUCGGAUGCUUUCCACUGCAAGCGGGGGUCGUACAUGAACCCGUCAAACAAGUGCAAGUUCUGGACCUGAAAGUGUGACAGCCAACGCGUUCGUUGUGUCAUUUUCUACGUGUGGUUCUAUAUAAAUUGUAGGUUCUGUCGGUAGUAGAAUAGAUAAGGUUGCCAACCCAGCUUUUGUGCGCCUGUGCACAUACACUCGCCUGUGUGCGUUUCUCGCAACGCAGCUGCUCGAAAAAUGGAAUAACGUGUGGAUAGUUUUGUCAUUGGUGGUAAUAGCGGCAGUACACAACUAACCCCAACUCAGUCAAAUAUACCAUGUUUUGUUUUGAAA